GCUACUAGAAAUUGGAAAGUGGGGGGCUAAGACCGCCAAGAUGAACUUGUUCGUGCGCCAGUGCUCGACGCUUUUAACGUCUGGCAUUCGACAGCCAAACAACAACAAGUGCUCCUCGAUAAACGGGCUCGCUUGUUGGAUUUCCAGUUGUUCCAGUGGAGCGAUGUCGGGUCAAAGAGGAUCGCGCGACAGCGCUGGAAGUCCAGGGGCGCCGGGCGUCAGUGCAACCGGGAACGGUAGUGCACCCCCCUUCCAGCAUCCGCACUGCGACCGGGCGGCCAUGUACGAGCAGCCGGUGCGGAAGAUGAGGACCAAAGGAGGAACCUACGACUACGACCUAAUUGUGAUUGGCGGCGGAUCAGCUGGCCUGGCCUGCGCCAAGGAGGCGGUGCUCAACGGAGCCCGCGUGGCCUGCCUGGACUACGUCAAGCCCACGCCCACGCUGGGCACCAAGUGGGGCGUUGGCGGCACCUGCGUGAACGUCGGCUGCAUUCCCAAGAAGCUGAUGCACCAGGCCUCCCUCCUCGGCGAGGCUGUCCACGAGGCAGCAGCCUAUGGCUGGAACGUGGACGACAAGAUCAAGCCCGACUGGAACAAGCUGGUGCAGUCCGUGCAGAACCACAUCAAAUCCGUCAACUGGGUGACCCGCGUGGAUCUGCGCGACAAGAAAGUGGAGUACAUCAAUGGACUCGGCUCCUUCGUGGACUCGCACACCCUGCUGGCCAAGCUGAAGAGCGGCGAGCGCACAAUCACCGCCCAGACCUUUGUCAUCGCCGUGGGCGGCCGUCCCCGCUAUCCGGAUAUUCCCGGAGCCGUGGAGCACGGCAUCACCAGCGAUGAUCUGUUCAGUUUGGACCGCGAGCCCGGCAAGACCUUGGUUGUGGGAGCUGGCUACAUUGGCCUCGAGUGCGCUGGAUUCCUGAAGGGUCUCGGCUACGAGCCCACCGUCAUGGUGCGCUCCAUUGUGCUGCGCGGCUUCGACCAGCAGAUGGCCGAGCUGGUGGCCUCCUCGAUGGAGGAGCGCGGCAUUCCCUUCCUGCGCAAAUCGGUGCCCCUGUCGGUGGAGAAGCAGGACGACGGCAAGCUGCUGGUCAAGUACAAGAACACGGAGACCGGCGAGGAGGCCGAGGAUGUCUUCGACACCGUGCUGUGGGCCAUUGGCCGCAAGGGCCUGGUCGACGAUCUGAAUUUGCCCAAUGCCGGCGUGAGUGUGCAGAAGGACAAGAUUCCAGUGGACUCGCAGGAGGCCACCAAUGUGGCGAACAUCUAUGCCGUGGGCGACAUUAUCUACGGCAAGCCGGAGCUGACGCCCGUGGCCGUUUUGGCCGGUCGUCUGCUGGCCCGCCGCCUCUACGGCGGAGCCACGCAGCGCAUGGACUACAAGGAUGUGGCCACCACGGUGUUUACGCCUCUGGAAUACGCCUGCGUCGGUCUGAGCGAGGAGGAUGCCGUCAAGCAGUACGGAGCCGACGAGGUGGAGGUAUUCCACGGCUACUACAAGCCCACGGAGUUCUUCAUUCCGCAGAAGAGCGUGCGCUACUGCUACUUGAAGGCGGUGGCCGAGCGCCACGGCGACCAGCGCGUCUACGGACUCCACUACCUCGGCCCGGUGGCCGGUGAGGUGAUCCAGGGAUUCGCGGCCGCCCUCAAGUCCGGCCUGACCAUCAACACGCUGAUCAACACCGUGGGCAUUCACCCCACGACCGCCGAGGAGUUCACCCGGCUGAGCAUCACCAAGCGCUCGGGAUUGGACCCCACGCCGGCCAGCUGCUGCAGCUAAGGCGGGAUUGCAGCUCAGCCGCGAAGACCCGAAGAUGAUGAAUGGUUGUUAGACGCGGCCCAGCGAUCGAAGAGUUCAACAGUUCCGUUUCAGUUUCCACACAAUUAACAACACCCACACAAUAGCUCUGCGCAAGGGAGGGGCACCGGGCAGCGAUGACGGGCGGAACUCCAGCGGAGCGACCAGUCCCCUGGCUGCGACCAGCCCAUCCCACGACUGCUGCGCCGCCGACAUGCACUCAAAAUUUUGAAUUUGUUUGAACCUAUGAAAUUAACCAUGAAACCCCCUAAAUGUAUGGUUGAAAAAUAUAAUUUUUCACCGACAAAA